AUCCGGGGGUUCCGAAUCCAGGGGUUCCAAAUCCACGCUCCCAAACCCCGGACUGUUUCUUUUUUAAAAAGGCCUUUAAAACGCUCGAAUCGAAAUCUCGAGCGAAGGGAUUUUUGAAAAUUCUCGCUUUCUGAAAAUUCUCGCUUUCUUCUUCUUCGGAUUUCGGGAAUAGAUGUUGACGACAUUGCCCUUCCUUCGCAACAGAUAUUGGGUACUCAGACAUGGCAAAAGCGUCCCCAACGAGAGAGGCCUCAUCGUCUCUUCCAUGGAAAACGGCACACUUGCAGAAUAUGCACUGGCUUCUGAAGGGGUCAACCAAGCACAAUUGGCAGGGGAACUAUUCGAUGCGGAACUGAAGGCUAGUAACAUACCUCUUGAAACUGUUAGGAUCUGUUAUUCUCCAUUUUCAAGAACAAGGCACACUGCUGAAGUGGUUGCGGGUGCGCUGAAUCUUCCAUUUGAAAGUCCGCAAUGUAAGGUGAUUAAAGAACUCCGGGAACGCUACUUUGGGCCAACAUUUGAACUUCUAUCACAUGAAAAAUAUACGGAGAUAUGGGCCCUUGAUGAGAAGGAUCCUUUCAUGUCGCCAGAAGGUGGAGAAAGUGUAGCAGAUGUUGUUUCUAGACUCACAACUGCUUUGGCAACUAUGGAGGCUGAGUUCCAAGGAUGUGCAAUCUUGGUCGUUAGCCAUGGGGAUCCACUCCAAAUCCUGCAAACAAUGCUUGAUGCUGCUAAGUCCAGUGCCGGGGACUUGUUGUCAAGAAUAAAAGGAAUUACGGAAUGUUCUAUCCUGUCGCAGCACCGAAAGUUUGCAUUGCUGACGGGAGAACUUCGACAAAUCAUGUGACCCAUGCUCUGUUGAAAGAAAAGAAAACGCUAUAUUUAAAGAUAGAAUUGUAUCCGUUAUGGUAAAUAAUUCUAGCCAAUGAGUAGCUUUAUAUCGAGUAUGAUUUUUCUCAUGUUAAAUUUCGCUACUGGGAAGAGUUUGAGUUGCAAUCAGCAAUGGAGAUUGUGUCUCUUGUUUUAGCAGAUUUGAGGACUUUAUUUAUGGUACAAGAUUGUUUUUCUAGUGAUAGUAAAAGAAGUCCAUAUUUCCCUUAUUCA